UCCGAGUUUCAGACGCUUCUCGCUCUUCCCGUAUGAUGGUGUUGGCCGAAUCGAAUGCGAGAGCCGCGUGAACUUCGCAAACUCCUCAAAAACUCGCGAAGUGCAACCGUUUCGAAGGCGAAAAAACCCUACGAUGAACGCGACGACUAAAUACUGUGACUUGGAGGGAUUUCAGAACAGUUACGCGGAAAUUCACGGACUUCUGAGCGUCUUCGUUUGUGUUUUGGGUUCGGUGGCGAACGUGUUGAAUAUUUGCGUGUUGACCAGGAAGGAGAUGACUUCGCCGACGAAUUUGAUCCUGACGGGACUGGCCCUUGCGGAUUUGUUAGUUAUGGUCGAAUAUAUUCCGUUUAGUUACUACAAUUAUUUGAAUAUAGAGAAGAGGAAGUACAUUAGCCAUUUUAGUUAUAGUUGGGCGGUUUUUAUGAUUUUCCACGCGCUUUUUAGUCAAUUGUUCCAUUUCAUUUCUUGUUGUUUGACUGUGAUCCUGGCGCUUUGGAGGCUGCUUACCAUCAAAAAUCCCCCGUACACGAAGUUCUGGUGCAAUUUGAGGACAACUCUUAUAGUUAUCAUUUCGACUUACUUAUUAUGCCCGUUAAUUUGUUUUCCUCUAUAUAAAACCUACACAAUACAAGACUUCAAUCAAACGAUUGAUGCUAACGACAAAAUCAUAAAACUAACAGAAUCUAAAAAUACCGAAAUAUUCUACGGCAAAAUAUAUGUUAUACAGUACGUUAAUCACUUCUACUCCCAGUUGAGCUUCUGGCUUUACACAGUAGUUAUUAAACUUGUUCCGUGUAUAUUACUAACAUUUUUGUCUACUAAACUAAUUAUGGUGUUAGUGGAAACAAAGAACAGGAAAAAUAGGCUGCUUGGACGCAACAUCCAAAUGACCAAUCUGAAUAAAGAUUCCAAUGCGAUAAUAGUGCAGAAAACCAAAGACAAACAAGCGGACAGGACAUCGGUGAUGUUAGUUGCUGUGCUGUUGCUGUUUUUAAUAACUGAAUUUCCCCAAGCAAUUUUGGGAUUGUUAAGUGCCACAAUGGGAGAAACGUUUUACAAUGAGUGCUACAUGCCUUUAGGAGACGUAAUGGACAUUUUCGCUCUGACGAAUUCCGGAAUCAACUUCAUCCUCUAUUGUACGAUGUCUAGACAAUUCCGAUCGACAUUCGGGGAGUUUUUCAAACUGAAAAGAAUUCGGAAAUUCAACUCGCUGAUCAAAAGCAACGCCAGAGAGAAAAUCAUUGAGAAGGAUACACAACUGACGGCGGUCAACUGACAUCGAUGGAACAAUCAAUGAAUUAUUGAAUAGCACAAGAUAUGUAAGAAUAUCGAACAGGUUUUCUUGUAAACUGGAGUUAAAUAUUUGAUCAGAAUGUGUUUAUCAAUAAGAAAAUGAAUGUGAUUCAAAAACUAUACUGAUAUGUAGGUACAUUUAUUAGAAUAAGUAUAAAAAUUCUGGUAUCCAAAUAUUAGGCAGAUUAAGAAUUAUUAAUUAUGAAAGAAAAUAUUAGAAAAUUUC